AAUUGGAUAAAGGAUUUUAUUAAGGAUAAAUAUAGUAUUGAUGAGAAGCCUAUUUAUUUACGACUCUGCUGCUAUGUUUUGGAGGUUUGGAAUGAAUUAUUAGAGGAAUAUUUAGUAGAACUUUUGGCUUUAAUGCUAGAGAGGUGCCAAGUUGUUAUUGAUGCUAAUGGAAUGUAUACUAAAUAUUAG